AUGGAGACGUGUAGUGGAGGGCUCUUCUCAGCAAUGGCGAGCCGUCGUUGUCCAACUUGCUCAGGGGCUGUAUUUGGCGCCCAGUCGGAUUUUUGGGACAAGACAAAUAUAGGAAAAAACCGGACGACUAAGACUGUGCGUAGGUUGGCCAGACACGGCAUUGGGCAAGUCUGGCCAGACAACUGCAGAAGGAGUUGCUGUGGCUCAGACGUGAACUUGGCUGGACAUUCGGGGCACGGGUCGUUGCUGAGAGUUAUGAUUUCUUCUCUCAUGACAAGUUAUAUGGCUUCUGAGAAGGCUGGCCAUGUUGGUAUUAUCGGUGGUUGGGGCGAGAAGACUAAGAGAACCAAACGGCCCCUCUGCGUGCGGGCGCCAGACGACUCAAAGCUCAAUUGGUACCACGAACGGUGUGGGCAGGCGAAUCUUCUCUGCUUCCUCUUGCCAACUUGCAAGUCAUGCUGCCGGACUGUCGAGGAGGUUGUCGCGGCUCAAGCUCAUGACGUGUUUGAGGCUCAAUUUAGAAACAAUCGCACAAUGGCGUUUAUUCUGGGCGUAGGUUCUCUUCAAUUCGUUGUGGGCAGACCAAUUGUGGCAGUCUUCAAGUACCCACCCGUCUAUGGUGUGUCAUCAACGAGCUGCCUUCCUACCCCACCUCAGUCCCGCUGUGGGAUCCAAACUGAAAGGGAACCCGCAUUUUGGUUUCAUGCUGACGUCCCAGUGUUUCUGCAUUCCGGAUCCUCAGCUAUUUUUGGCCGAGGGUUCGCAGUUUCUACCGGCGUGACUUUGAAAACUACGUAUUUCAAGGGUCCACAUGUCUCGGAUGCUCUACCCAACCGACGAGAAAACACAAGAUCGGAGGAACAUGGAACUUUAAUGGAUCACGAAUCGAAGCCAGAGAGCCAAGUCACGAGGUACAGUGAGGCUCAAUGUGGAAGAUGA